AGCAUCUUCCCCUGGAAGGUGAAGGGUCUGGAGUCCUUCACCUAGGGUCUCUUUUCUUGGCACCCUGUGUUCAUGGCCUUGGCGUUCUGCCUGUGCAUGGCUGAAGCCAUCCUACUCUUCUCUCCUGACCACUCACCCUUCUUCUUCUGCUCACGAAAGGUGCGGAUCCGACUACACUGGGUAGGGCAGACCCUGACCAUCCUGUGUGCUUUCCUGGGCCUGGCCUUCAUCAUCUCCAGCAGGACCCGAAGCGAGCUGCCCCAUCUUGUGUCCUGGCACAGCUGUGUGGGGGCUCUGACGCUACUGGCGACCAUUGGGCAGUCCUUGUGUGGGCUGAGCCUCCUCUGCCCCCGGGCAGCCAGGGUCUCUCGUGUGGCUCGCCUCAAACUCUACCACCUGACAUGUGGGCUGGCGGUCUACCUGAUGGCCACACUUACAGUACUUCUGGGCAUGUACUCAGCAUGGUUCCAGGCCCAGAUCAAAGGAGCUGCGUGGUACCUGUGCUUGUUCCUGCCUGUCUAUCCAGCUUUGGUGAUCAUGCAUCAGAUCUCCAGUGCAUAUUUGCCAAAGAAGAAAAUGGAAAUCUGAUUCUGAGCUCCUACCUGGACCCCCUCCCUUUUCCCUUUAGCUCCUUCCUCCCCAGGGUAUGUAGGGCACUUGCUUUCCUCUUCUGUGACUUUCCCUGUAUUAUUCCUCCAACCCAUCGAGGCAACCUGGAAUUUUAGAAAUCCGAGUUGCUGUUGGGUGGCAGUUGAAAAGUUCAGAAAUAGAAUAACAUUCGAAUUGGGUAAAAGGAGGAUGGUGGGGAAUAGGGAGCCUAGACCUCAGCUUAUUGACUUGAGGUCAGGGGCAUUGUGAAGAACUGGGGUUUCUUGGUAGUUUAGAUUACUGAGGGGUGAGGUUAUAUUUGAUUAUGAAAGAAAGCUAGGGUUGGAUGCAUAUCCCAAUCCACUGAAGAGACAGGGUGGUAUAGGAGUCAGGAGACCCAGUCUGCACAAAGCAGGGUGGCUUUGGGUCAGCUUUCAGGUUCUGGUGAGGACUCUCCUUCUUCACCUAUAGAAUGAGGACAUUGUGUCAGACUAUCUCUGAGUUUCUGUUCAACUCCAAAAUGUCUUAUCAUUCUGUGAGGUUGAUCUUGAGGAGGAUAUCUCUACCCUCUCGUGACAUAUCCCUUGGUACCCUUGUCCAGAGACAGACCUUCUUAGGGUAGGGCUGCCUGGACAAUGGGGUUGACCUAGGGUAGUCAUUCUUAUGUUUACUUUUGGGCUGUCUCCAGUAGAGGGGAAGAAUGUGUACAUAGGGUCUUUUCUCAGGUACAGAGGGACCAGGCUUUGUAAGUGACAAGGGACCAGAUCAGGCUGGGGCCCGUUUCAGAUGUCCUAGGCUCCAGAUGGUGAAGCACUAGUCACUUUAACACUUUGGGGUCUGGGGUGAAAUCAGAAAACCCAGCCAUCCCUUUCCCUGGCUGGCUUUGACACCAGCUUGCCAGAAGUCUCUGAGAACUCAAUAUUUUCUGGGACUUGAGAACUGAAUGCUGUCUUAAGGGUGGGUUUCAUGGGUAAUAAGUCUGUGUUCAGUUGUACCAGGCUGGGUCCUGGGGCUUGCUGGGUUUUCUCUUUUUCCGUAAGUACUGUCCCAACAGUCUCAAUCCUUCGGUUUUGUCCUUCUUAGGGCUUAGGUUCUUGCCUUAGCAAAGUCUCUUGAGAGACAGGGAGAGGUUGGAUCGACCCUUUUCAGGGCUAGGGGUGUAUACAAAUGGACAGAUAUAUGUGAGGGUCAAGUUGCAGGUUAAAGGGCAGAAAAGUGUGGUGGGACAGCCCCUUGAUCCAGCUUAUUCUUUGUUCUUCCUCUCUUCUCAUUUUCUGAUCCUUCCUUAGACCCCAUCUCUUGUCUCUUUGUAUCUUGGAUGGUCAGGGUUUUGGCCUAGAGUUACUGAUUGAUUGAAUUUGGUGCUAGGUAUCAAGGGAUGGCCUAUUCUAAUCUGAGAUCUCAUUGUGGUUCCCAGGCCUUUUCUUUGUGUCAUGGUACUUAACUGGCAAACAACGGUCCCCUAGCUGGUAUAUUUUAGUCCAUCUUAGCCAAAGGGGAUUGAGCCUAGGAGUAAGGCAACACUGGGAAAGUCCAUUACAGAAGGGACUCAAAGGAGGGGCCUUGAGAGCUCAGGGGAAUCCCCAGGACUGGUGUGAAGGACCAGAAAAGAACAUUGGUGCUGGAGCUCAGCCUUCUGGUAAUAGUGGAACAGUGUGGGCUUUGGGAUGAAGUUCUUAGAUACCCGCGUGGCAGGUGCCCAGUAUGGCACAUCGGCAGGGUGAGAAGGAAGGAUGGCAUGAUCUCCAGCACGCAGGAAUGGGAGAGAGGAGGGCAGAAGGCCCUUCUGCAUGAGACAUCGUCCCCAGACAUAUGAAGUGGCUGAGGGGCCUUCUGAUUGCCAAGCAACUUUGGUGAUUGUGCAGAUGAACGACCUGCAGGUUUAGGUUCUGUCCCUGGCAGCCUUUGUGCUCUUCCGGCUUUCUACUCCCUUCUAAACUGGACAUUUGUGGGGGAAGCUUAGUUUUGCUGAGCAGAAAGGGAAAGCAUUGUCCUUCAUAGUUUGUGUUUUGCUUUGAUGCCAGAACAGGGUAGUUACUAGGGCAGGGGGAAGGGAGGGUUGGUGGGUACUAGACAGACCUCCAGCAACUGGUCUUGGCAUGGUGUUGUCACUUAGACUCCCAGUGGUCCAGUCCCAUUUCCUCCCCCUCCUUGUCUCCCUCAUCCUAGGCACCACCACCCUUCUGACCUGCGCCUGAGUGUGGGGACAGUGUCCUAAUUGCUCUUCCCAGAGGGAGAUGCUAUGUGGCCAAGCAGGCCUGGUCUGAGAGCUAAACAGUGGCGCUGCAAUAAAGUCUGAGCUUGACUGGGGUGUUGUAACCUCCCAGGUGGUGAGGGGGCGGGCAGGCGGGUGUGUUGACAGCCAGCCGGCAGUUUGCGUGGGCUGUGCCAGCUGAUGUCUAUUCCCGGCCGUAGAUGGGGAGAAGCCAUUUCUUUUCUGCAAGAGGACGGGCCCCAGCUGCCACGGCCUUCCGGCAUCUUCCACCCCUCUGUUCGCCCGGCAGGUUUGGAGAGCCAGGGACAUGCUUGAGGCCGAUUGUGGAAGGCCCACUUGGCUGGCUGGCUGGCUGUAAUAUGGGCAGUAGAUCACCAGAGGGAGCCCUCUUCCUUAGCAGGAGAAGUUACCUCACUCUCCCCCCUCCCUCCCCUUUCCACCUGGCUUCCCAUCCAGCCUCAGCAGCUGGACCCCCAUUAGCACUCUGUGCCAGGGCUCUGUCCCUCCAGCUGGGAUGGUAGUAGCUGCCGGCUGUUUGUAGCUCUCUCCUUCACCCCUCCUCUCCUACUUUCUCCAUCUGGGACGCUUGGCUUCAUAGACAGGAGGCAGAGGCCCAUGGCUGACUACUGUCCCCUUGAGCAUACAUACCCAUGACUAGGAACUGCUUGUAAUCGGGAUUUUUUUUUAAGUCAGAGUGCUUGGAUUUCAAAAAAAUGUGCAUGUCAUUUGCACAAAUUUGUGUAUUAGGAUCCUUACACUCUGAAUCUCUAUGUAGAAUAAACCUGUAAUUAGGUUCAAAGUAAAUAUUCAGGGUACUAGAUGUAUAGAAUACAGAUGCUUUUGAAACCAAGCCAUUUAAUUCAAUCCCAUAUUAAGAUAGUUCCUCCACACCUCUCCUGGUUCCACUGUGCCCUCACAUGGCUUCCCAUUGAACUGGGAAUAGAAUGGGAGUUGGUGCAUCUGGCCCCCUGGCACCCCUUCCUCGAACUGUCAGUGAAGGGAGGGGAGUCCCACUCGGCCUGUUUCUCCUCUCCCUUCUGCUCCCCCCCAUCCUGCCAUCUGACAGAGCGUCCUCUUCUCCCUGACCUCCCACCUUAUUCCUGGGGCUGUCCGAUGAUCCCUUUUCUUUGAUUUUCAUUCUCCCCCUCCCCUCUCCCUCCCCUGUACAGAUUCUACAUAGCUUCUUUUUGAAACCUCAGUGUGGGAGAUUCAGGCCCUCUCCCUGAGACAGCUGGCUGCUGUGCCAAAGUCUGUUCAGAAUUAAUAAUAAUCAUUAGCUGACAUGGCGCUGGUGCCUUUUAGCGCCAGAUCUCUAAGCACUUUGAAGGCUGAGUCAGGCAGCCCUCAUAUCCCCUCCUCCCCUCCCCGCCAUGGGGUGGUGUCUUGGUGGGAAGGAAACAAGGAGUCUUAUCUCCUAGCCUUUCAUUGAGGAGACUUUCCUUUCUGAGUGGGAGGACAGAGUCCUGGUGUCCUAACAGGAUUGUUAGGCCCAAAGACAAGGUAUAGGGAACAGCAGUGUAAGUUCUAGCUCAGGCUGGCAUCUGAAUGCCAUAGUCCUGGCCUUUCUAAGGCCCCUCUUCCAGAACUCAGGGCUCUGGAAGACUGUACCACCUGCUUGUCUGACUUGUGACCUCUGGUGGGAAGAGAGGGACAUCCCAAAUCAAGAGGCCUGGGUUGUCGUUAGUCCUGGGGUCCGCCACUGAGCUAUGUAAUCUCGAGUUCAUCAUGUAACACCUGCUGCCACCUACCUCGAAAGUUGUCACAAGGGUUACUUGGGGAGCAGGAGGCAGGUCCGGUGAAGAAAACACUGGGCUCAAGUUCUGACACUCUGCCACUUACUGUGUGACUUUGGGCAAGUCGCUUAACUGGAACCCACAAACUCAUCUGUAAAAUGGGGAUAAUA